UCAGCAUGUUUCUUCAAGGAGAUCUCGGGGACAGUGUUAUCCGCUAUGUCAGGCAUCAAAUUUAGAGUAUUAUGCUCUGAUAACUUUGUUAGAUCCAGCCUAGCUCAUCGAGAUGAGACUAUGAUGCAAUUGUUAGCAUUUGCAAUGGACUGAAAUUGAUUUUGGCUUCCUGCUUCUUGAUAUUGUUAAGCUUUUUUAGCUUUUCUCUCCUCGUCAACCAUGAGUUUACCACGGAAGGCCACAUUGGAGGAGCAAACGGGGUCAAACAGGAAUCCAUCACGCUGUUCGUCUGGCAGAGAGAGUGCUCGUCGCUGGCGUCUCCUCAGCAGGCCUUGGCUAAAGCACCGUUCAAAUUCAGCCCCUGAGGAGCCCUUGGACACACAUGACCGAAGGAACCUGGCUGGACAGGACAUACGCACACAGAGCUUGACAUGGUCCAGAAGCAGCAGCAGUAUGGCUCGAUCCAAUCCUCCAAUCUCCAGGGUCCACAGUCUCCCAGACCCCCAGAGGGUCACCAACUGCGGUGUCCUCCUGGAGCAUCCUAAUCUUCAGAGGGACUGGUUAUCUCGCAGCUCGACCCCUUUUUUAAGAUCUACAUCUGAACUGGGGAGUGAAAUUCGUACUGAGACUCCACCGCUCAGACGGGGGCUGAGCUCUCAAAUGUUUUCAGGGAUUCUGCUGUCCAUGUCAAGACGAAUUAGCCAAAUUUUAAAUACCUCACCUGAGCCGGCUGUUGGAGAACUUUCAGAAGACGAUGUGAAGGGUCCGCCCAGCCACCGCUUCUCCUGCGGCCAGUCGCAGUUCAUGGAGCCCUGCGCUUGGGAGAGGAAGUACUGCAUCCUGACCGAUAGCCAGCUCAUCCUGCUCAACAAGGAGGAAGAGAUGCCAUCUGAGGUCCGUGAAAGCCCCACAGCAUCCUCAUCAAAGGGUCGCAGCCUGAGAAGGACAGUUAGUGUGCCCUCUGAAGGACAGUUCCCAGAGUAUCCACCAGAGGGAACCUCCAUGUUAGCGGAAGCGUCUGCGGAGCGCUCUCCCAGGCGGAGGAGCAUAUCGGGGCUGGGCAGCUCGGAGAAGAACAUUUCCAUGGAUGGCUCCAACUCCUCACCCUUCAAAGUGCCUGGUUUUUUAAGCAAACGACUGAAAGGAUCCAUCAAAAGAACGAAGAGUCAAACAAAGCUGGAUCGCAACACAAGCUUUAGACUCCCAUCUCUACGACCAACAGAAAAUGACAGGUCACGAGGCCUGCCCAAAUUGAAGGAGUCCUGUUCCCAUGAGUCUUUGCUGAGUCCAGGCAGUGCUGUUGAAGCUCUGGAUCUGAGUAUGGAGGAGGACGUCUACAUCAAACCUUUACACAGCAGCAUUCUAGGACAAGACUUCUGCUUUGAGGUGGCAUACUCAGGUGGAAGUAAGUGCUUCAGCUGCUCUUCUGCUGCUGAACGGGACAAAUGGAUGGAGAACCUCAAGAGAACUGUGCAGCCUAAUAAGGACAACUGCAGACGAGCGGAAAACGUCCUCCGUUUGUGGAUCAUCGAGGCCAAAGAUCUGCCACCGAAAAAGAAGUAUUUCUGUGAGCUGUGUCUGGAUGACGUGCUGUACGCCCGCACCACCAGCAAAACCCGCUCUGACUGCCUGUUCUGGGGCGAACACUUUGAGUUCUCCGGCGUUCCGUCCAUUAAGAGCAUCACUGUACACAUCUAUCGUGAUGUGGACAAGAAAAAGAAAAAGGACAAAAACAACUAUGUGGGCCUGGUGAACAUACCGGUGCAGGGAGUAAUGGGAAGGCAGUUUGUGGAGAAAUGGUAUCCGGUCAGCACCCCCACCACCAGCAAAACCAAAGGUGGAGGCCCCUCCAUCCGCAUCAAAUCUCGCUUCCAGACUGUCUCCAUCCUGCCCAUGGAGCAGUACAAAGAGUUUGCGGAGUUUGUGACCAAUAACUAUACCAUGUUGUGCUCUGUGUUGGAGCCUGUCAUCAGCGUGAAGAACAAGGAGGAGAUGGCCAGUGCGCUCGUGCACAUACUGCAGAGCACGGGACGGGCGAAGGACUUCCUAACGGAUCUGGUGAUGUCAGAGGUGGAUCGCUGUGCUGAUCAUGACGUGCUGAUCUUUAGGGAAAACACGCUAGCCACCAAAGCCAUUGAAGAAUACCUCAAAUUGGUGGGACAGAAGUACCUACAUGAUGCACUAGGAGAGUUUAUUAAAGCCCUUUAUGAGUCAGAUGAAAAUUGUGAAGUAGACCCAUCGAAGUGCUCCAGCAAUGAGCUUCCAGAGCACCAAAGUAACCUGAAGAUGUGCUGUGAGCUGGCCUUCUGCAAGAUCAUCAACUCUUACUGGAUCAUGGGUGACAAUUCCUUCCUGCAGGCGACGGUGGCCAAACUGGGGCCCCUGCCGCGUAUACUUGGCGAUAUCACCCGCUCGCUGUCCAGCCCCACCCCCAUCCAGCAGCAGCUCAGGCGCUUCCAGGACCACAGCUCCGCUCAUGACAUCAGUGGGAGUGUGUCCUCAGGACUGCAGAGAAUAUUUGAAGACCCAGCAGACAGUGAAAUGAGGAGCAUCAAAUCUCCUGUCCAGGAGCACAUGGAGGCAUUAGUCCGAGGCAAGCAUCCUUUAUUGGGUCAGCAGUCCUCCACUCACAGCAUGAGCUUCUCUGACAAAGAGGAGCGAGACAGUCCACUACCGAAUGGACGCAGUAUAUCUCUAAUGGACCUGCAGGACUCUUACCUGGCACAAGGGCAUCCGGGUCCUAACUCUCUCAACGAAACCCCACCUAGAUUAGGCCGAGUGGGCUCUCAGGCCUCCAUUGGCCCUGUCCCCCCUCCACACCUCCACCAGCCCCCUGUCCAUCCAAAAGUUCCCCAACUAAGAGACAACUUGCCGCAAAGUGCCCCGCAAGUGCGGCGCCCUAUACACCCCUCCCUCAGCCAGCAGCGUAGCCUGCAACCGCUGUCUUUCCAAAACCCUGUUUACCACCUCAGUAACCUGCACGCACAAUCCACGCACUCCGCCCAGUCCCUGCAGCCAGACUCCAGCUCGGAGAACCUGAGCACAGGCAGCUCUCGGAGCGCCAGUCCCAGUGCGUCAGGGGGCCGGGGAGCUACUCCCAGAGCACGGAUGCCCUCCACCAGCAGCGUGGAGGAAGAACUCACCCGCAAAAGCAUCCAGAGACAAGAAACACCUCCUCCCACAGCACGCUGGCACCCUCCCCUGGCAGACCAGCACUCGGGAGCCCAGGUUGUGGCGGUACCGAGGCAGAGCAGCACAGGUACGGCGCAUAUCGUGAAGGUGGAGCAACAGAGUCGAGGAGUGGGGCUGGUGGCAGGAAACACACCGUCGCGAACUCCAAGAUCGCUUCCUCACAGCACUUCCCUGCGUAGCAGCAGCAGCGUCAACACUGAACCCAUGCAGCAGAGCGGUGAGAGAUCCAGACAGCAGUCCUCGUGCUCCAGAGACAGUUCGGUUCCAGGAGGACGAGGCGCCAAACAGGUACAGUCACCUGUAGAGUCAGUCACCCUGUCCCCAGUGGAGCGAACGGCAGCAUGGGUCCUGAAUAACGGCCAGUAUGAAGAUGAGGAAGAGGAAGGACAGAGCAAAGAUGAUGCCAAACAUGUAGAGAAGUACGAACAGGAAAUCUCAAAACUGAAGGAGCGUCUGCGGGCGUCUAGUCGGCGACUGGAGGAAUAUGAGAGGAGGCUGCUGGCACAGGAACAGCAGAUGCAGAAGCUGCUUUUGGAAUACAAGGCUCGAUUGGAGGACAGUGAGGACCGUCUGCGCAGACAACAAGAGGAGAAAGACAGCCAGAUGAAGAGUAUUAUCUGCCGGCUGAUGGCCGUGGAGGAAGAACUGAAGAGAGACCAUACAGAGAUGCAAGCGGUCAUAGACGCCAAGCAGAAGAUAAUCGAUGCACAGGAGAAGAGGAUCAGCUCCCUGGAUGCAGCUAACUCUCGGCUGAUGAGUGCCCUCACUCAGGUCAAAGAGCGAUACAGCAUGCACAACCUCCGCAACGGCCUGUCGCCCACCAACCCCACCAAGCUCUCCAUCACUGAGAACGGAGAGUUCAAGAACAGCAGCUGCUGAUUGGUGCUCAUGGACUUGAUGAGCUGUGCCGAUUGGUGCUCCCAGACAGAUCACCAGCACCGAUUGGUUGAGUUCAACACAGACUGAGUACCUUGACUACAUGCCUAAACUGACUGACUACUGUAAACAUGCGAUUGCAAGGAAUGUCUGGUUAUUAAUGUAUAUAAACGUUAUCUAAUAUUGGUUCUGUACAGAAAUGCUACUGCAGAGGAGUGUUUUGAGAUUGCGUGGGAGAGUAAAGCGUAGCUUCGGUUCUGAGUCAGUGAGUUUGUUUUUUUUAAAUACUGAUUUACGCAUAAAUGCAGAUUUAAGAUUGCAAACAGAUUUUUAAUUAUUGCCUAAGAUAUAUGAAGGAGAUGUACAUAUCUUAAAAUAGAAUUGUUUUAAAAGAAAAAAUUAAGAAAAGCACAUAGGUAUCGGCCGUAGCUGUAAAUGUCCCCAAGUUGCAGAAUCUGACAGGCAGAAAUAGAUGAAAGGCAAUUUUAUGCACUCAGUUUUCUAACACAAGUUUUCUAUUGUUUUGUUUUUUAUUAUUAUUGUUUUAUCAUCUUGCAAAAGGUGUUAUGACUGAUUUUAGUUGACUAAAAGGACACAAUUAAGCCAGCCACAGUUCAAUUAAAACAAAUCUAGAACAUGAUAUUCAAUAAAUUGAAAUAUGUGUUCAUUAAUUUUACUAAAAAUAUGACUGAAGCAGUGGGUUUAGUAAAUUAAAAUAUUGAACUGAAUUUUCAUUUUGACAUAUGUAGGCUAUUUUACUGGCACUCAACCCAACUUAACAUUUUUUGCCCUAUAUGUGUUUUAUGUAUCUGACCAGAGUGCUGUGAAACCACCAAUCUACAGUCUCACUGCCCUCUUGUUCUAGACGGUCUCACUGCCCUCUUUCUGAUCCUGUUUAUUGUUGGUCUGCUACUUUUAAUGAAAGUCAUUGUUUUUUUUCACAGUGUUCUCACUCGGUCCAUAUGAGCAUCAAUGCCGUUAACCUUUUGUGGCACAGAACUCCUCAAUGUUUGCUGUUCUCGUAGCGAUAUAUUUGAUGGUCAGUCUCAGAGUUGAAAGCUGAGCAUUGAAUAAAGAUGGAUUGUG